AUGAGUAGCCCGAAGCGCAGAAUUGAGACUGAUCGUGCAAUUUGGCCGGAAUACACAACUAACAGGAAAUUUAGGCUGAUGAGUGACUACGAAGUCACCCUGGUCAACGACAAUAAUAUUGUGAUACUAAUGUUUGCGAAUAGGCAAGAAUUCUAUGUCCGUUUCAAGGGACCAGAAGAGACACCAUUCACCGGAGGCCACUGGAAGAUUCACGUCGAACUACCGGAUCAGUACCCAUACAAGAGCCCCAGUAUUGGGUUCGUCAAUCGGAUUUUCCACCCAAAUAUUGAUGAGCUGUCCGGAUCAGUCUGCCUUGAUGUCAUCAACCAAACAUGGUCACCCAUGUAUGACAUGCUGAACAUCUUUGAGGUGUUCCUUCCUCAGCUUCUCCGCUACCCGAACCCAUCAGACCCGCUCAACGGCGAGGCCGCGGCACUCAUGAUGCGGGAACCCAAGGCGUACGAGGCAAAGGUCAAGGAAUAUGUUGCCAAGUAUGCCAGCAAGGAAGCCGUAGACGAGGCGGGCGAAGACACCGAAUCUGAAGACGAGCUGAGUUCAGCUGGCAGCUAUGAGUCUGGCGGCGAAGAGCCAGCCGGUACGAUGGAUGAUGUUUGA